AUGUCAAAGCAGAGAGGUGGAGCUAAAUUAAUAAAAAAGGCCAAGCUGAUUAUCUGGAAAGAAGCGCCUAUGGCUAGCCGUUGGAAAAUUGAAAUAGUUGAUAGAAGCUUCAGAGAUAUACUGGACAUUGACUCACCCUUUGGUGGAAAAGUAAUAGUUUUUGGAGGUGAUUUUCGUCAGGUACUACCAAUAUUUCCAAAAUCUACAAGAGCUGAAAUGGUAAAUGCAAGUUUGGUAAAGCCGUACUUAUGGCAUCAAAUGAAAAAGAUUAAGUUAACAAGAAAUAUAAGGGCGAGAACAGAUUCAUCAUUCAGUAAACUCUUACUACGCAUAGGUAAUGGGGAGGAGCCUAUAAUAAGAGAUGAUUUGGUUUUACUUCCAAAACAACUGGUUAUUGAAAUUAAGAGUGAUGGUACUGGAACAGAUGCUUUAUUAGAGAAAAUAUUUCCAGAGCUAGAUAAAAAUAUUGAUUCUGCAAAAUUCAUGACUGAACGUGCUAUCCUAGCUAAUAGAAAUGAAUUUGUUGAUCAGCUAAAUGAAAUGUUAAUUUCUAGAUUUCCUGGUGAAAGAAGAACAUUGGUGUUGAAAAAAAAUGUUCCCAUCAUGUUACUGAGAAAUUUAGAUGCUUUCAACGGCUUGUGCAAUGGAACGAGAAUGAUAUGCAGAGGUUUUGACAAUAAUGUCAUAUAUCCAGAAAUAAUGAUGGCCCAAAAUGCUUUCAAGCAUGUCUUUAUUCCACGAAUUCAGCUAUCACCUCCCAAAAAUGAAGGUUAA